AUGUCAAUUGCACUUCCACCCACGAUUUCUUCAUCACCACCCCCCACGAAGCACCCAACAGCGGCGACGCCACUGCAGCCAUUACCUCCACCGUCAUCCUCGUCUCCCAGUCGCCAAAGCCAAGGCUUUGAUGCCGUUCUCAAUCCUUCCGCUUCGUCUCGACGGCUGGCAGAAGGUGUAGCGCCUGCAAAUGCACCCGCAGUCCCACCGACGAUAGUCGUGCCAAGUCCAAUUUCACCACCGCCGCGGCCGCCUCCUUCUCUACCACCGCCGCCGCAAACUCAGCGUUCUUCGUUGGCUCCAUCACCUCAUGUAUAUAUUGCAGCGCCUGCUCCUUCUUUCUGGCCGCCACCUGCGGGGUCAUCGAGUUCAAGCUCUACAGGGCUGGCAGUAGGUUUAUCAGUCGAUGACACCGCCGCAGGAGAGGAUCGUGGCACACAGAGGCCACCAAACUCGAGUCCAGGAUCCGAACAUCCAUCAACUCCGCAGCAGCUCACCAUCCAAGCUGGUUUCAGCUAUGAAGAACUGGCAGUCGCCACGAAUUUCUUCUCCGAUGCCGAUUUCCUCGGGGAAGGUGGCUUCGGGUGCGUGUACAAGGGGAUACUUAGGAAUGGCCAAGAAGUUGCCGUCAAGCAAUUAAAGCCAGAUAGCAGGCAGGGAGACCAUGAGUUCCAGGCAGAAGUCCAGAUCAUUAGUCGUCUGCAUCACAAGCACCUCGUUUCUUUGAAGGGUUGCUGCAUUUCCGGCGCCAAGAGGCUACUGGUGUUUGAAUAUGUUCCUAAUAACACUCUAGAGUUCCAUCUGCACGGAAGAGGUCAACCACCCAUGGAUUGGCCGACAAGACUAAGAGUUGCUUUGGGAUCAGCAAAAGGACUGACAUAUUUGCAUGAGGACUGCCAACCCAAAAUAAUCCAUCGUGACAUCAAAGCAGCAAAUAUACUUCUCGAUCAUAACUUUGAAGCUAAGGUUGCAGAUUUCGGGCUGGCAAAGUUUUUCUUGGAUACCAAAACCCAUAUUUCAACUCGCGUGAUUGGAACAUUUGGGUAUCUGGCACCAGAAUACGCUUCUACUGGCAGAUUAACUGAUAAGUCUGAUGUUUUCUCCUUUGGAGUGCUGCUGCUGGAGCUGAUCACAGGAAGACCGCCAAUUUUUUUGAUUCGGUCGAUAGAAGAAAGCUUAGUUGAUUGGGCAAGACCUUUGUUGACUCAAGCAUUGAACGACGGCGAGUAUGACGCCUUUGUUGAUCCGAGACUGAGGAAGAAGUAUGCUCACAAUGAGAUGGGUCGAAUGGUGGCUUGUGCUGCCGUUUGUGUGCGCCACUCAGCGCGACGUCGGCCGCGAAUGAGUCAGAUCGUUCGUGCUUUAGAAGGACUUGUAUCAAUUGAGGAUCUCAGUGAAGGAGCAACACCUGGCCAUAGCACUCUUUCCAGUUAUGGCCAGCAGCACUAUAUGGACAUGAGAAGACCAAAGAACACAUUGACAAGUCACUACAAUGCUGACAGCGAGUACAGUGCAACCACCACUAGCGAGUAUGAUAUGUACUCAUCUGGCACAGCCAGUGAAGGCCGAGAGAAAGGUAGCUCAACUUAG